GUGCGCGAGUGCAUUUCAGCGACCUCUCCCAAGAGCCAUCCAUCUUCCAGGGCGAUAAGGGCCACCCCCAGUUUGACACGUACAGAGAGAUGAAGAAGAAGACGAAAGGACGCUGGGAUAGAUGGUGCCCCCAGACCAACAGUCUCUGGCUCAAAUACCUGGCAGAGAUGCUGCAGACGGGCAAGAAGAUU